CGCAAGGUUUGAGCCCAGUUCACACGCAAAUCUGGAGUGCGAGAGGCGCUUGCGGCCCCGAGUGGGCGGCUCCUCCCAGCGGCUGAGGCAACACCCAUCAUCGCUUCUCUCCAGGCUUUACACGCCAACGCUAAAAGUCCCUGAAGCCAGCGACUGCGGGGAAAGCUGUGCUGUCAGAAUGAUCUUUAAAUUCUGCCCAGACUGUGGCCAGAAGAUAGAAGCUGCUUUCAACUUUUGCCCAUCUUGUGGCUUCAAGAUACCUAAAGAGACUGAGGAAGAAGUGCAACCAGUUACUGCCCAGUCCACUGCAUCUCCAGCUCAGACUGUGCCCAGUGCAGAGGUACCCAAAACAAAGCACACCCCUGUGAAAAUAAUCUACCCCAAAAAGGAGUUAGCUUCCCCAAAGAGAAAACGAGAAACUGAAACAAGCUUUCAAAGUUCCCCCACAAAAGUAUCGCCAGCUCUGAGAAAUCCCAAAGGAAAACGCCAGAAAAGCAAUCAAUUGGAACCAAUUCCAGGACAAACUAUCCUAACUGAUCAGAACAAUAAAAAAUGGAAACUUGUCGAGCUUCUCUCUCAGAGUGAAACUGAAUCUGGAUUGCUCUAUUCAGCACAACAAGGGGCUGGUCCCUCACAACCAUGCAAGUACGUUGUUAAAGUGGAUGCAAAGGAUGGUAGAAUAUUCAAUGAACAAAACUUUCUCCAACGUGCUGCAAAGCGAAGUAAAGUUGACAAAUGGGUGAAGUCUCAUAUGAAAGCAUUUCUGGGAAUUCCGACAUGUGUUGGCUUUGGAUUCCAUGAAAAUACUUACAGAUUUCUAGUAUUCCCAAAUUUGGGUAACAGUCUGCAAUCAAUUCUUGAGAAGACGAAGAAACCCUUGUCUGAGAAAGCAGUACUUCAGCUAUCUUACAGAAUGAUUGAUGUGCUCGAGUACAUUCAUACAAACGAAUAUGUUCAUGCUGACAUCAAAGCAGAAAAUAUAUAUGUGAAUCCAAAUGAUCUAGAACAGGUUUACUUGGUAGGUUACUACUUUGCAUUCAGAUACUGUCCUGAUGGUAAGCAUGUUGAAUACAGAGAAGGCAGCAGAACUCCACAUGAGGGCACUGUGGAGUUGAUCAGUGUAGAUAUACACAAAGGAGCUGGGCCUUCCAGACGUAGUGAUUUUGAAACACUGGGUUACUGUAUGUUGAAGGCAUUGUGUGGUUCUCUGCCAUGGUCUGAUAAUGUUGACUUCCCCCAUUCUGUCAUGGAAGCAAAACAGAAAUACAAGGCUGACCUACCAAGUCUUCUCAAAGAUUGUUUUGGGAGAAAAAAAUUCCCAGAUGAACUGAAGAGAUAUCUGCAACGAGUGGUGUCACUAAAAUAUGAUGAGGAGCCAGAUUAUGAAGAACUAAGAAAACAACUAAAAUAUGGUCUUGACAGGUUGGGCACGUCACCCGAUGGCCCUAUGGAUCUCACAAUAACCACUAUUUGAAAAUACCAAUAACCAACUAUGAAGCCGGCAUUAUCAUGUUGAGAUCAAUUUCAAAGCAUAUGCAUUUAAAGAUGCACUGUACUUUUUUUUAAAUCAUGCUUUUUAUAGCUCUUUAGCAAUAGUUCCACUGUUGCAAGUUUUUUGUAGGAAAAUGCAUGCUUGUAUGUAAUUCACGUUUCAAGAUUUAUAUUUGGUGUUUUUAAAUAAAAUUGAAUGAUAUUUUGGUGA